AUUGAAGGAACGCAUGGAGCAACUUGAUUCUCCGCCUCCAUUGGCCAUUUUACCGAUCUAUUCCCAGUUGCCUGCUGAUCUACAAGCGAAAAUUUUCCAACGUUCCGAAAACAAUGCCCGAAAGGUGAUCGUUGCAACAAACAUUGCUGAAACGUCUUUAACAGGUACGAUGAGGAAGAAUGAACAAGAUGACGUUUUGAUGAGUAACUAUUCUGUGCGUAGUCGACGGUAUCAUGUAUGUUGUUGAUACUGGUUUUUGUAAGCUCAAAGUAUACAACCCAAGGAUUGGUAUGGAUGCCUUGCAAAUCACUCCUAUCAGUCAAGCAAAUGGAAAUCAGCGAAGCGGUCGUGCUGGUAGAACUGGACCUGGUGUGGCGUAUCGCUUGUAUACGGAAGAAGCGUACCGAAAUGAGAUGUUUUUCAAUACUAUUCCUGAAAUUCAGCGUACAAACUUAGCGAGUGUGGUGCUUCAGUUGAAAUCUUUGGGUGUCAAAAACCUGCUACAGUUCGAUUUCAUGGAUCCGCCUCCACAGGAAAAUAUCCUAAAUUCGAUGUAUCAACUGUGGGUACUUGGAGCGUUCGAUAACACGGGCGAAUUGACGCCUGCAGGCAGCAAAAUGAACGAAUUUCCCUUGGAUCCCUCCCUAGCCAAAAUGUUGAUUACGGCUGAAGAACAAGGAUGUACUGCCGAAGUAUUGACUAUUGUGUCAAUGCUAUCUGUGCCGUCUGUAUUUUAUCGACCGAAAGAACGUAUGGAGGAAAGCGAUGCUGCUCGAGAAAAGUUCUUUGUUCCGGAAAGUGAUCACUUGACGCUUCUGCAUGUGUACACCCAAUGGAAAUCGAAUCAUUAUCGUGAUGACUGGUGCACCAGGCAUUUUAUUCAUGCGAAAGCCAUGCGUAAAGCAAGAGAAGUUCGGUCUCAACUGAUGGAUAUCAUGAAAACCAUCAAAAUGCCUUAUGUGUCGUGCGGUACAGAUUGGGAUGUAGUGAGAAAAUGUAUCUGUUCCGCUUACUUCCAUCAAGCUGCGAGAUUGAAGGGAAUUGGUGAAUAUAUUAACUGUCGAUCUGGUAUGAAGUGUCAUCUCCAUCCAACAAGCGCUCUAUUCGGUGCUGGUUUCACACCUGACUAUGUCGUAUACCACGAGCUUAUCUUGACCUCCAAAGAAUAUAUGCAAUGUGUAACAGCUGUGGAUCCAUUCUGGUUGGCCGAAUUAGGUCCGAUGUUCUUUUCAAUUCGUGAUCGCGAUAAAAACUACGGUCAUAAGGAGAAACGAUUGGCCAAUAUUGCUACGGAAUCUAAAUUGAACAUGGAGAUGGAGAUGAAAUUAGCUCGUGAAAAAGAGCAGGAGGAAGAAUCUCGGAUAGCUCAGGCACGAUUAAACACCACAAGAGCAGCACGCAUUGCCACUCCAGGUCUGAGGGAUAUACGAACACCCCGCCGCCGAGGAUUUGGUCUAUAAUUGUUUUUCAUUGACCAUUGAAUUUGUCCAUCCACGAUCUAAUAAUCACAACAACUUGAUACAAAAUUUUUGUCUGAAUCAAAAUGAUGAAAGAAACAGAAAAAGGCAUGCAUUAUAUGGAGUCGGAUAUCGAAAGAUGAACAUAUCUUACAAUGAAUCAAUGCCACCGACUGCAUGGAAUACGUAAUACGAUAGCAGAGCUGAUAUGACAGACGAAAACAGGCAUAAUUCCUAUAACAACUGAUCAAAAUACCGUAAAUUCACAUAUUUCUCAAUAAAUAUUCUUUCGCUC